AUGUACAUUAUAGCGUUGAUAAAUGCUUCCUUCUGUGGAGACUGGAAUCCUGGGCUAGUAGUGCACUAUGAACUAGGAAAUGACGUGUGUACGUUCACCAGGUUGAGUUCCAGCGAUGAAGCACCCAAAGUCGUGACAGGCGGCAGCUUUUUCUCACGAGGCUCUCGGUUCAGAUAUUCUGGCAGAACUGAGAGAGAAAUGAUGGAAAUGACUGCUGGGAUUUAUAGACAUCCACCUCCGGUGUCUCGGUCCGCUUCAUUCCGUAGCAGGACGGCACUCGCGCAACAACUGUCGCCUGCGAAUACGAGCGAUGAUGAAUUUGCUGCGGAUGGAAUAGGAUUCACGGCACUCACCAGGAGCUGCAGGAACAGUACGCAUACGGAUCGUGGUGAUGGCGUGCCUAUGAACUCCCCUUAUUAUAAAGGUGGUAAGGAUGUCAUGGAACAUGGCGGAAACGUUGGACUGCAGUUGCCCUUAUCCUCUUUAUCCGAAGGGUCCGAGUCCAAUCGCUCGUCCGCGCACAACGUGAACGUUCUUGGACGAAAGGAUAAAUUGAAGUUGGGUCGAUCGAAGGAUGACUCAGUUACCGUCGGAAUAGGUAAUUCCUCCUCUGGGCAACAGAAUUCUGCGUCUACCACAAAACAGCGACGAACGCGGUCAGCCUCCACGAGCUCCACUUCGUCUCCGAGUACCACCGAGGCCGCGCAAGAUUUCCACGCCGAAUUGAAGGCUCUCGUGGAAUACAAGACCCCGACUGCCCCGAGAUUUAGAUUCUUGACGGAUCUGCGAAAGGCACUCGCGGGUCGCAACGCGAGAAAUUUCAUCCUACCCGGCCUGGCCAUUUCGUUUGUGGCUGUGGCCGUAUUGACCGUCGUCAUGCUGGAGUGUGACGUCAGUUUCCUAGCCGAAUUUAAGGAAAGCCAAGAGAUGGUCACUCUCCAGCAAAGAUAUUACGAGCCGCUGAAAAGCUUCUUUUCGCGCAACUUUUUUCCGCACUCCUGA